AUGAGUACUGAUAAAGACAACAUGAACAGCGAUAAAACUGAUUCUGGAGUUAGCACGCUUUCUUCUUUAAAGCAACAACGAACAACAAUGAAACGAAAUAUUACGCAAAUGAAAACCAAAAUCGAAAAAGAUGGAAGUACAUCAGAUUACACCAUUCUUGAAUGCCGACUGCAAAUUCUCGAAUCCUAUUUCAAGCAAAUAAGUCACAUUCAAGCACAAAUUGAAAAACUGGAUGAAUCUGAUACCAAUCGAUCGGAUAUUGAAGAACUUUUUAUAUCUGCCAAGGCUCCUUUGGUAAGUUUUAUGAAUAAUAAACGUGGUUCUUGUGAUAUCGAACAAAGUUUUUUGAAUGCAACUCAACCAUUGAUUUCGCAUCAUAAUCGAUUGCCUCAAAUCAAGUUACCCAAAUUCGAUGGAAAAUAUGCGGAGUUUUCAAGAUUUAUAAGUACUUUCAACACAUUAGUUCACAACGAAUCAAGCAUUGUUACUAUAGACAAAUUCAACUACCUACUUAACUGCUUAUCUGGUCAAGCAUUGGCGGUUAUUGAACCGUUUCAAGUCGUUGAGUCAAACUACCAAAAAGCUGUAGAUAGCUUAGUAGAACGAUACGAUAAUAAAUCAUUAAUAUUUAUCGAUCACAUCAAUUCAUUGUUUUCGAUAACUCCUAUGACCAAACCAAGCGCUAGUUCGCUACGCUCAAUUCUUGAUAAUGUUUCAGCCCUUCGCAGUUCGUUGCUCUCUUUGGGUUCUGAGUUAGAUGUAAUGAAUGCCAUUAUCAUACAUAUUGUUUUGUCCAAGAUUGAUGGAGAGUCCAAAAAAGUUUAUGAUGAAAAACAGGAUUUUAAAUCUCUACCAUCAUGGCAACAGUGUUUCUCAAUUCUAACUCAUCGUUGUCAAUAUUUGGAAAGCCGAAAUGCGGAAGUGGACUCAUUUCAACCUCAUGACAAUAAAUCAAGGAAAGGCCAUUUCAUUUCUCAAUGCCCAUCUAAAUCCCGUUGUCGCACUUGUCGGAUAUCGCACCACACAACUUUACACAAUCCAGAUUUUCAAUCAACAACUAAUUCAAACACUUCUUCAAAUCAAAACCAAUCUAAUUCAAACUCGCAGCUUCAGCAUAACUCCACUUCAAAUUCAUCAUCUCAGCAACCACAUUAUUCGUCUUUUCGACCAUCAUCGUCUUUGUCGCAACAAUCAGUGUUACCAACACAGGCCAAUCCAGCCUCUACUCAUCUUACAAAAUUUUCGUCAUUUCUUACAACUUCGUGCCGUAUAAAUUUGCUUCCAACAGCUAUUGUUUUCGUUAAAGACUCAUUCGGCAGUCUACAACCUCUUCGUGCCCUCGUGGACUCCUGUUCAGAAGUCAACCUUAUAACUCAAGAAUCUGUAAAUCGUCUUCGUCUAAAGCAAACUAAAUCGACUCAAGAAAUUUCUGGCGUAUCGGAUAUCCGUACCCAAUUAAAAUCUAUAGUUACAGCUACAAUUAGAUCAAGAGUCUCCGAUUUUGAGUGGACAACAUGUUUUCUGGUAACAAAAUCGAUUUCAUCUCAACACCCAGCAGAAAAAAUAAAUACAACAAAUUGGAACAUCCCCAAUGGCCUGGAAUUAGCAGACCCACAAUUCCACAUACCUCAGCGUAUUGACAUGUUAUUUAGCUCUGAGAUUUUUUUUGAGUUGCUCCUCGAUGGCAAAAUUUCACUCGGAGCUGGACUACCUAAUCUCAUAAACACAUCCCUUGGGUGGAUCAUUGGUGGCAGCGUAGAUUCUCAACGUUCAGAACGUGCGUUAUCAUGUAAUGUAAUUACAAAAGGUGAGGAUCUGAACUCAUUACUAAAAGCUUUUUGGGAAAUUGAAGAAUUCAAUCAACGUUCACCUGUCCUCACAGAAGAAGAACAACAGUGUGAAGACCACUUCGUUAAGAACACUAAAUUUGAUGCUGAUGGAAAAGUUCAGGUAUGUUUACCAUUUAAACCUUGUAUUAAACAGCUGGGUAGUUCAUUUGAAAUAGCCCGUAAACGACUUUUAUAUUUAGAAAAACGACUCUCAAAGGACGAAAAUUUACGACAAAUGUAUAUUGAUUUCAUGGAUGAGUACAUACGACUUGGUCAUAUGUCACCCGUUAGCUUUAGUUGUCUAAAUUCUUCGCAUUACGUUAUACCUCACCAUCCUGUAUUACGCCCUCAGAGCACGACAACAAAGCUACGAGUAGUCUUUGAUGCCUCAUGUCGCACAUCUACCAAUAUUUCAUUGAAUGAGGCUCUAAUGGUUGGUCCAACAAUCCAACAGGAACUCAUAAUAACAAUCUUAUCGUUUCGGUUAAAUAAACUAGCUCUAUCAGCUGACAUUUGUAAAAUGUAUAGACAAUUUUUAAUAGACGAAAGAGAUCGUAACUUCCAGUUGAUCUUAUGGAGAAAAAAUGUACAUGAUCCAAUCUUGUUAUAUCAGCUAAACACCGUGACCUAUGGUACAUCAGCUGCUCCUUUUCUUGCAGUUCGAAGUCUGUUUUUCAUAGCUGAUUUUUACAAAAAUCAUUUUUCUGUUGGUUCUAAAACCCUCAAGCAGGAUCUAUACGUCGAUGAUCUGCUCACGGGGGCAGACAAUUUUUCGGAUCUUUCACGCAAAAAAUGUGAAAUCGUAGAAAUUUUACAAAAAGCUGGUCUACAAUUGUCGAAAUGGAACUCAAAUUGUCCAAAUAUCGCCUCUUGCAUCGGAGAAAGGCAUUUAAAAACAAAUGAAGAAUAUAUUACCAAGGCACUUGGUACUUCAUGGAGGCCCAAUGAUGACGUUUUUUGUUUUCGUUUUAAUAUGUCAGUUAUCGAAGUUCCAACAAAAAGAUCGGUUUUGUCAGCAGUAGCGAAAAUUUUUGAUAUUCUUGGCUUUCUAAGUCCUAUCGUAAUCAGUUGCAAGAUUUUAAUUCAAGAAAUGUGGAAGCAAAACUUAGACUGGGACGCACCACUUAACACACAUUUAUCAAAUCGUUGGAAACAAAUUGAGCAAGGUCUUCCAUACAUCAAUAAAAUCGAAAUACCAAGAUUUGUAGGCACGUCUCCACAAAUAAAGUUUGAUAUCCAUGGCUUCGCUGAUGCCUCUCAACUGGCAUAUGGUUGUUGUAUCUAUAUACGAGUAGCUCAUGCUAACGAUUUUAAAUCAAUUUUACUCAUAGCCAAAUCAAGGGUAGCACCAGUUAUUCACCAAUCCUUGCCCCGUUUAGAACUUUGCGCCGCCUUAUUGCUCAGUAAAACCUGGGAUAAAAUCAAGUCUAAAUUUAAUCGCUUCACUUAUCGUAUUUUCUUUUGGUCAGACUCGAAAAUAGUCCUAAGUUGGCUUUCCAAUCAUUCGUCGUCUUACGUUUGUUUUGUUGCAAAUCGAGUAUCGGAAAUACAGAAUUUAACACAUAAUAUUAAAUGGAAGUAUGUGCCUUCAAAACAAAACCCGGCAGAUAUAGUCUCUAGAGGCUGCCUUGCAAAUGAUCUUAUUGAUACAAUUUGGUUUACUGGUCCAAAAUUUCUUUCAGAACCUGAAACAAAUUGGCCAAAGGGCAAUACUGAAAAGGUAGAAUUACCGCAAAAUGAAAUAAGGAAAACUGUCCUCAAAACUACUGUCGUCGUCGAAUCAAUUAUUGAUAAUUUAAUUUCUCGCCACUCAUCGUAUCUUCGUCUUCUUCGUAUCAUUAUCUACAUUCAUCGUGUUUUUGACAAACAAAAGAGAAACUCCUUUGUAACCUCAGAAGAGCUACAAUCAGCAUUUUAUAGAAUCAUUUACAAUAUUCAACAAUUAACAUUUAAAGAGGAAAUUACUUCGCUCAACAAUGGAGAAAGCUUGAAACCCUGUUUUCAAAAGCUGGCCCCAUUUCUAGACAAAUUACAGUGCUGCAACUCAACUUUAGUCAUUCUUCGAGUAGGAGGUCGGCUAGCAAAUGCACCAUUGUCGUAUGAAACAAAAUUCCCUGCGCUUUUACCAAAGGAUCAUCGAUUUACAAACAUUUACAUUGAAUAUCUUCAUCGAAAACACCUACAUGCUGGACCAAAGGCAUUAAUAGGAAUUCUUCGUCAGCAAGUUUGGGUAAUAAACGCCAGAGAAGUCGUAAGAAAAGUGGUUCGAAAUUGUGUCCACUGUUUCAAAUACAAUCCUAGAUUAUUGCAACAGUUAAUGGGUAAUCUUCCUGCGGAUCGUUUUAAGGCACAAAGACCAUUUCUCGUCUCGGGUGUAGACUUUUGUGGUCCAUUCUACACCUCUUAUCGCAUUAGAGGAAAAGCUCCAUAUAAAACUUAUGUCGCUAUUUUUGUUUGCUUCUCUUCUAAAGCCAUUCAUGUUGAAUUAGUUUCGGACCUUUCAACUAAUACAUUUCUUUUAUGUCUCAAAAGGUUUAUCGGUCGACGUGGUAUCCCCCAGAGGCUGUAUUGUGACAACGCAACAAACUUUGUUGGUGCCAGCUCUAAACUUCAAGAUUUAAAACAACGCUUUUUCGAUGAUUCUAAUAUCAAGGAACUAAUGCACUACAGUACAAUCACAGGAUUUAAAUUUUCGUUCAUUCCUCCUCGUUCUCCCCACUUUGGUGGCCUGUGGGAGUCCGCCGUCAAAUCGACAAAAACAAUACUCGUCAAGAACAUGUCUCAAGCCAACUUAACAUACGAGGAAUUCCAAACGAUCCUUGUCGAAGUAGAAGCCAUUUUAAAUUCUCGGCCAUUGGUACCGAGAUCUGAUGAUCCAAAUGACGGUGAAGCACUAACACCUGCCCACAUGUUAAUUGGCUCUUCUUUGAUGGCGCUACCUGACGAAAAUCUAGACGGUUACAAAAAUAUAAACUACCUAAAGCGAUGGCAACUAGUUACGUAUCUCAAACAGCAGUUUUGGAUACUAUGGGUUCGUGACUACGUAUUAAAUUUGCAACAAAGAAUUUACAUCAUUGCCAUAAUGAAAUCUUGA